ACGGAUCGACCCUAAAUGCCCCAUCACGCUGCUCCAGAUGUGAACAUGAGUGGUUACAAUAGUACCAGUUAACUACAGCUCGGACCACAGCACUGCACUCAAGAUGUCUGCUGAGCUCUACUCUGCGAGUGGUAAUAAUGCAAGUCUUCAAGGCGCCACAGUGGGAGGCGUCAAACCUUUACAUCGCUUCAUUAAGGGCCAACCCAAGAUUAUUGGCAUAAUCGUUCUGGUCCUGGGCACGUCUUUCUUCAUCCUUUCCAUCGCCAUCAUGCCAUCCUCUGUUCAACAUUUAUCGGCAGUCAUCCCACCUGGCCUCUUACUGGGAACAAUGUUCAUCGUAUGUGGGAUUCUGUAUAUUGUGACAGAGCACAAACCAACCAAGAAAACAGUAACCAUAUCACUGGCUCUGAGCAUUGUGGGCAUACUUGGGGCAUGUUGGACUUUCAUGCAGAUCUUACCCGAACUGGUUCACUCCCACUACUACAGACACUAUGACUACUUUGAAUACAAUAUCACAGAGUCCGAAGCACCAUGGUUAACAUAUGAGGCCAUGGAAGAGUCUAUGAAUGCGAUCUUCCUGUUCCACAGUUUUGUGGGUGCAGUUAUUCUCAUUGUAAUGUCAGCUCUGGCUGGGGCUGCUCUGCGUUCAACAAAGAACCAGGUAAUUGUAAUGAUGACUGCUUCGCCGACUGAGACACCAGUUGAAUAAUGAUGAAGUCUGAGGUGGAGUAGACUGAGCAGAAAAAAGACUUAUAAAGCAUACAAAGACAGCAAAGUAUUUAUCUUUGUGGGCACAACAAGAUACAUGAUUCAAAAACAUAAACCACUUCUCACUGGUGAGUUGUGGUUGUUGCACAAAUUCAUUUCAGUUAAUAUGUCUGUAUGUAUAUUUUUUUAUACUUUUUAACCUUUUUUGAACAAAUGCCACCAGAUUCAGCAGGAAGAUGGUAUUGAACUCUCCCCACUGUGUAGCCAGUUAACUGCUACGCUGCAGUCUGGCACUGGCUGAGCUGUCGCUACAAUAUGUUUGCACUAUUACACCACGGGACAAAGGUCUGGGUUAAACCAAUGUCUGUCUGAGAUAGCUGAAAAAAACAUUUUGUGUGGGCUGUUUUAAUUUCUCCAAAACAAUCAAACUUCAACUCAGACGAGCUCGCUGGUGCUCCCGUUACAGUAAAAAGGCACCACUAUUUAGAAAUGUUUAUAAUAUAUUCUCAUUAUAUAUGUACCAUUAAUAAGACAAAGUUUUGGAUUGAGGCUGUCCUCUGGUUUGUCUUUUUACCUUUAAUUCAGUAGGAAGAUCAUUCAAAUAGACCAUUUAACCAGUUUGCUUCCAGGACUACAAAUCACUGACCACAUAUCUAAUUUUAUUCAACUGUUCAAAUAGUGUAUUAAAAAUGUGGUAAUUCAGUCUGAUCAUGUUACGGAUUAACCACUUACCUUUUGGAAAAGUGUUACACAACACCUGCACCCAAAUUCAACUAUUACUACUAAUAACUUAUGAACAUAACUUCUUAAUGUUUGUUAAUAUACUGCUUAAUUAUUAUUAAUUAAUGACUAAUUAUGGCUUAAAAAGUAAAAAACCUUGAUUCUGUAUUAAUACUUCUGAGUAUUUUAAGUGAGUAUUUAAUCAUGGUUUGCAUUUAGAACUGCAUUAUUACCAAAUGGAAACACACGUAAACACACAUGUAAAUGUGAAUGUAAAUUCCAAAAAAAAAAUUCUGUUAUUCCAUUUUUAUUCCAACAGAGUGGAAACAUCUGAAUGUGAAAAUGUAAUGUCAACAAAUCCAACCAUAAACAUGUAACCUUUGGCAAA